AUGGGACUGAAUUCCAACGACUUUGAGUUCGUCAGCUGUGAAAAGGAGUCUGAAACAUCUAGCGUCUUUCAAGUAUCCCUGCAAGGACGCCGAUGUCUCAUGAAGGUAUAUCGUACCAUAGAGAAGCAGCCAUGGCAUCCUACGUACAGAGAGGUUGACCCUUUCCUCUGCGAGAGUGCCGCAUAUGUUCGUUUGCAAGAGCGAGGGUUGUGUCAGCAAGGGGUUGUCCCGGAUUUCUAUGGGGUGAUCGAGCAAAUAGACCCCAUUCAAUGGCAACCUCACUUCAAUCGCUUCCUGAAGGACAAACUUCCUCUAAAUGCGAUUCUGCUGGAAUUCAUUCUAAAUCUUAAGCAAAUAGAUCUUACUACCUACACCGAAGACCGUGCUGCUGCUCUUCUGCAGAUUAUUCACCAAAUCCACGAUGCUGGAGUUUGCCAUGGCGACCCAUAUCCUCGGAAUAUGGUAGUUCAGCCAGAGACAGGCAGAGUACUCUGGAUAGAUUUUGAUCGCGCUCAAACCGUUUCCGAGGGAUCUAUUACUAAUAGACAACGCGACUGGAUGGAAGACGAUACAUUAAUGGCCUCUGAGCUACUAGACCUUCUGGCAAUGGAUGUUAAGCUCGGACAGCUUGUUCAUGCGUGGGGUUAUUAUUAUCAUUAUUCAUGA